AUGUCUUCUCGACCAGAAUUGAAGGUUGACGACGAAGGCGGGUUCAUCAGGUUCUUCAAGUCUCUGCCAAUAAAGGACCAUGAAACCAUCAGAGUUUUUGACCGAGGUGACUGGUACACGGCACAUGGCGAUGACGCCUCUUUUAUCGCCCGAACAGUCUACAAAACAACUUCUGUUCUACGACAAUUGGGCAAGAAUGAUUCGACCGGUCUUCCUUCCGUCACCAUGACCAUCACUGUUUACAGGAAUUUCCUACGAGAAGCCCUGUUCCGUCUGGGGAAGAGGAUCGAAGUAUGGGGAAACUCUGGCAAGAUGAACUGGAAGAUCAUCAAACAAGCAUCUCCCGGAAACCUACAGGAUAUUGAGGAGGAGUUGGGCGGCCAAUUCGAUGCGGCUCCAAUUAUCCUUGCAGUAAAGGUGUCUGCAAAGGCCUCCGAGGCAAGGAAUGUUGGAGUGUGCUUCGCAGAUGCAAGUGUAAGGGAAUUGGGAGUUUCGGAAUUCCUCGACAACGAUUUGUAUUCGAACUUCGAGUCCCUCCUCAUCCAGCUGGGCGUCAAAGAAUGCUUGAUCCAGGUGGACAAGACGGACAAGGAUGUGGAGAUGAACAAAUUGAAGGCAAUCAUCGAUAGCUGUGGUAUUGCCAUUUCAGAACGGGCAGGUGGCGACUUUGGCACCAAGGACAUCGACCAGGACCUGGCAAGGUUAUUAAAAGAUGAGAAAGCUGCUGGAACUCUCCCGCAGACCGAUCUGAAACUUGCUAUGGGCUCUGCCGCUGCAUUGAUAAAGUAUCUAGGAGUGCUACACGAUCCAUCAAAUUUCGGUCAAUACCAGCUGUAUCAGCAUGAUCUGUCUCAGUUCAUGAAGCUCGAUGCUGCUGCAUUGAAGGCAUUGAAUCUGAUGCCUGGACCCAGAGAUGGUGCCAAAACCAUGUCCGUCUUUGGACUCUUGAACCACUGCAAAACUCCUGUAGGAAGUCGACUCCUGGCACAAUGGCUGAAGCAACCCUUGAUGAGCAAAGAUGAAAUUGAGAAGCGGCAGCAGCUUGUGGAAGCAUUCGUGGAGGAUUCUGAGUUACGGCAAACAAUUCAAGAGGAGCACAUGAAGCAGAUUCCAGACAUCUACCGGAUGACCAAAAGAUUCCAACGGAAAAUGGCAAGCCUCGAGGAUGUUGUCAGGGCAUGGCAAUUAGUCGGUCGUCUUCCUGGGUUUAUUGCUACCCUGGAAGGUGUAAUGGAUGAGAGAUACCGUGACCCUCUGGAAGAGACCUACACCAUUAAGUUACGAGAGUACCUGGACAGUCUUGCCAAGCUGCAAGAAAUGGUGGAGACAACCGUUGACAUGGAAGCCGCACAAAAUCACGAAUACAUCAUCAAACCGGAGUUUGACGACGGUCUUCGAAUUAUUAGAAAGAAGCUUGACAAGAUGAGAGUUGAGAUGGACCAAGAGCACAGAAACGCCAGCCAAGAUCUUGGCCAAGAAAUUGACAAGAAACUCUUCCUGGAAAAUCACAAAGUCCACGGUUGGUGCAUGCGACUUACGAGAACCGAAGCUGCUUGCAUUCGAAACAAGCAGAAAUAUCAAGAAUGUUCAACACAGAAGAACGGUGUCUAUUUCACGACCCAGAAGCUGCAAAGCAUUCGGCGUGAGUUUGAUCAGCUCUCUGAGAACUACAACCGUACUCAGAGCAGCCUGGUUAACGAAGUCGUCAGUGUAGCGGCCUCGUACUGCCCAGUCUUGGAGCUCCUGGCUGGCGUUCUAGCCCACAUGGACGUCAUCAUCAGCUUUGCCCAUUGCUCAAUUCAUGCGCCAACAUCGUAUGUUCGGCCAAAGAUGCAUCCAAGAGGCGAGGGUAAUACUAUUCUGAAGGAAGCACGACAUCCAUGCAUGGAGAUGCAGGAUCAUAUUCAGUUUAUCACCAACGAUGUCACACUCGAAAGAGGAUCGUCGGAAUUCUUAAUUAUUACUGGCCCCAACAUGGGCGGUAAGUCGACCUAUAUCCGUCAAAUUGGUGUAAUUGCCUUGAUGGCUCAGAUUGGGUGUUUCGUUCCCUGCGAUGAGGCGGAGCUCACGAUAUUCGACUGCAUACUUGCGCGCGUCGGGGCGAGUGACUCUCAGCUCAAGGGCGUGUCCACCUUUAUGGCAGAAAUGCUCGAGACCGCCAACAUCCUAAAAUCUGCAACCUCGGAAUCUCUCAUUAUCAUUGACGAGCUUGGGCGCGGUACUAGCACAUACGAUGGUUUCGGUCUGGCCUGGGCAAUUUCAGAACACAUUGUCAAAGAGAUCGGAUGCUUCUCCAUGUUUGCUACUCACUUCCACGAACUUACUGCUCUAGUGGACCAGUACCCCCAAGUCCAGAAUCUCCACGUUGUCGCGCACAUUGAUGACAAUGGCAAAGCGAAGAGGGAGGUCACACUCCUCUACAAAGUCGAAGAAGGUGUCUGUGACCAGAGUUUUGGGAUUCAUGUCGCAGAGCUGGUUCGUUUCCCCGAGAAAGUUGUCAAUAUGGCGAAACGGAAAGCAGAUGAGCUCGAGGACUUCACAAGUAAACAUGAGGGGCAGACCGUCAAGUAUGGGAAAGAGGACGUUGAGGAGGGGAGCGCGCUAUUGAAGGACGUGUUGCUGAGAUGGAAAGAGCAGUGCGAAGGGAAGGAUUUGACCAAGGAGGAAAUGACUUCUAAAAUGCUGGAGUUGGUGAAAGGAGACGAAAAGUUGCUGGCGAAUCCGUUCUUCCAGAGCGUAAAGGCGUUGUAA